AUGGCCAGGACCCAAAGAAACCCCCUCGACGUCUCCGAGAUCCUCCUCCGUGUCGGUUACCACCUCCCCCUCUGGAAACUCGUCCCUCAACAACCACCACCACAGCGACGCCCACGAUACUACCAACAUCAUCAUCAACAACAAAACGAACCCAUAACUUACGCCUACAUCUUCUACCCUCAAGACCUCCGCUCCUGCCUCCAGGUCUCAAAACACUGGCACCAAGUCCUCCUCCCCUUUCUCUGGGAGAUUUACACCUACCCAGCCAUGUUCAACGUACCCUCGACUCGAAUCAACCGUAUUGGACAUCAUAUUCGGACCUUCCGACUCCAGGACGAUGCAUUUGACCCCGGCCUCACGGGACUCGAGUAUGUCAACCAGCUGAAGGAGUUGGAUAUCCCGCAGCAGAGUUGGAACCAAUACGAGUUUGAGAAUGCUUUUGGAGUGCAGGUACAGAAGCGGUUGGUCAGGACGAAUGGUGAGGGGUUGAAGGCAUUGGCGUGGUAUGGGUAUGGGAUUGCGUUCCAACCGGCGUACUUUGAUGUGGAUGAUUUUGUGCGGUUGAAGCAUGUGACGUUUUUGAGGCUGGAUAGUUGGUUUGGCGGGGAGGGACUGUUGGCAAGGGUGCUGGAUUGUGUGGCGGGGACGGUGGAGGUUCUGCAGUUGCAUCAGAUUCUGGAUGUUCUUCCGGGAGCGUUUAAUUUGGAUGACCAAGCUGAUGACGCCAUGUCGCUUUGGACUACCAUGACCUCAGAUGAGCCGCGGGGGCCUAGACGACUGAGACGACUGGUGAUGCCCAAGGUCAAGACGCUAAAGUUAACUGUCGAAGGGAAAAGGAAUGAAGGGCUGGUGGAGCUGGUUGCCUGUUGUCCCAACCUCCAACGACUGUCCUUCACCCCUCACGGCAAAGCUGAUAUUGUUCGGGUCGCCGAGGAUAUUGAGAAGUGUGGUCUCAGGAGCGUCCACUCGCUCACGGUCAAGAACGAAGCGCGUAACUUGGAUGGCGUUCAGUGUGCGACGCUGUUGCAGAGCAUUUUGGAAGCCUCUAAAGAGCCCACCUCAUCAAUCAAAACAACACAUGCGACAGGACAAGCAUGCAGAGGAUUAAAGAAGAUCAACAUCAACCCAGAGACGCUCGAGAACGAACCCCGUCUCGUCUCCAGGAUCGUCCUCCACGCUGACACUCUACGGUCCCUAAAAUUGACCAUCCGCAGCAACUCUGAGGUCAUGUCCGACAACUUUCUGCCGCAGAUCCUCUACCAGUGCCACAACCUCGAGGCCUUCAGCGUCAAGGUUGAAAGGGUCCGGUUUGAUCUCUUCAAGGCUCUUGGGUCCUCGUCCGGACCCUGGGCUUGUCGUCGGUUGCGCAAGUUUCUCUUCUCGGCUGUUGAAUUCCCCAUUCCUGAGCUGGAGAAGGGCGAAGAAGACGACGAGGAGGAGGAAGGUGGAGUAGAUGUGUCGUCGGUGGGUAGAAAUUGGUUCAGGAAAUUGAAAAACAUGACGAACAGGUCGACCAAUAAUGCCUUGGACGUGUUGGCGAAUUUGAAAUCCAUUUCGUCGACACAACCGGCGAUGGGUUGGUACAAGCACACGUCUGCGACCACCCAAUUGGGUUUUCAGUCUCAGGCGUUCGAGACGAUGCUGUUGCGGAGAGCGUUCAGGAUGCUGAAUAGUCAGAAUCUGAAGCAGUUGGAGGUGCUGGUCUGGAAUGGAGUCCCUUAUGAGCGGUCCAAAGUCCCAAGAUGGAUGUUGAAAACAAGGACGGCAGUAGGUGACCAUCGCCCGUAG